AAGUUAUGCUGUGGCUAGAUCCUACAAGAAAAUUAGUGGAAAAAGCUAGCUUUCGGGGCAAUUAUGUUCCACAUGGCCCAUAUUAUAAGCACCACGAUUUCGUAACUCUCUCUGUUCUUAGAAAUAACGUCAGAUAUGUGGAAUACCUCAACCCAGAUGGAUCGCUUUUGGGAGUCCGAGCACCAAAACCAAAAUCUCGUCCAAGCACUCUGGAACCCAACGAAACUACAUGGUUUAUUACCUACUCAGGCAAAAACUUCAAGGUAAAUGUAGAUCCUGCUACGGGACUCGCUCAAGAAAUUAACCUUGUACCUAAAAAUUUACAUCAAGCUGAAAAAGAUCGCCAUUGUCUCACAUCCCAAGAGGUUUCUAUGGGUGGCAUACAUUUUUUGGUGUUCCUAGGAGCAAAUGGUGACAUUUUGGGAGCUGAGCUUGAUCGGUGAUAUUAUUAUUAAUAAUCACAAUGAAGGUUAAUAUAUGCACACAAAAAA